AUGGUUAGCAUACGGGCCCUCCUCGCCAGUACACUCAGUGUCGCCUCAUUAAUCCAAGAUGCCGUUGCACACUCUGCACAGCGGAAUCCUCUGACGGCUAUCCAUCUCAUCGACGCCCCCUCCUUGAAUACGCCGACAAAACGAUGCCAGUACCACUCCUCAUUCGACCUGACAUUUGGUCUCGAAAAUACCCAACAGCAAAUACGCCUCGCCCUCGAGCCAAACCACGACAUCCUCCACGAUGACAUGCACGUCAACUACCUCGGUCCGGAUGCUCGCUACGAAGUCACAGCGCAUCAACGCCAUGAUCACAAGGACCUGAAGCGGGACACGGCGGGCCGUUCGAGUUGUGAAUCUCAAUCACUCACGUUCAAUGCCAAAUACGACCCCAACGCGUUUGAGGACGUUCGCCUGCGGGCCGUUUCCCCUGCUUCACUAUUUGGGCGACAGAUUGAUUCCGGUCAGACGGGCAAUAACGGCGCGGGCCAGAAUCUUGUUGCCACCAUCGGCUCGACUCAAGGCUGUCCGACCGUCCGCAAGAUUGCCUUGGUUGGCAUCGCCACGGAUUGCACGUAUACCGCAGAUUUCAACGACACACAGGCUGUUCGCCAGAAUAUUAUCGACCUUGUCAACUCGGCUUCUGAAGUCUAUGAGAGCAGCUUCAACAUUUCACUCGGUAUUCAAAAUCUUACGAUUAGCGACCGCGACUGCCCCGGUACUGCCAGCGAUCUCGCUCCUUGGAACGUUGGAUGCAAUAGCAAUCUACGCAUUAGCGAUCGUCUCAACCUCUUCUCGGAGUGGCGUGGGCGGUCUAAUGAUGCCAAUGCCUUUUGGACUCUGCUAAGCACCUGCAACACCAACUCAGCUGUCGGCCUGGCCUGGCUCGGUCAGGUGUGUGUCCCAGGUUCGCAGACAACAGCUGGUAGUGACGGUUCCAACGAGACUGUUGCUGCUGCCAAUGUUGUUGUCCGAACAGAUAGCGAGUGGCAAGUAUUCGCCCACGAAGCCGGACACACUUUUGGUGCUGUCCACGACUGCGACGAUCAACUUUGCGCCAGCAGUGAGAAUCAGAUGCAAAGAUGCUGUCCUUUGAGCGCGAACACAUGCAACGCGGCAGCCCGCUUCAUCAUGAACCCAUCCACGGGAAACCAGAUCCAAAACUUUUCCCCUUGCUCCAUCGGCAACGUCUGCUCCGCCUUGUAUCGCAAUGCCGUUCGAUCGGAAUGCUUGGCCAACAAUCGAGACGUUGAGACAAUCACUGGAAGCCAAUGUGGCAAUGGCAUUGUUGAGUCAGGGGAAGAGUGCGACUGUGGCGGCGCUGAGUCUUGUGGUAAUAACCCGUGUUGCGACGCCGCGACCUGUCGCUUCACGACCAACUCACAGUGUGAUCCGGCGAACGAGGACUGUUGCACAGAUCAGUGUCGUUUCGCCUCUCAAGGCAGCAUCUGUCGUGAGAGUACGGGCCUUUGCGAUCCGCAGGAAACGUGCCCCGGUGAUUCCUCGGUCUGUCCUAGUGACAUCCACAGGAGCGACGGUGACUCGUGUGGCGCUGAUGGUGACAACCUGCAAUGUGCUUCGGGCCAGUGCACGUCACGAGAGCAGCAAUGUCAGGCUGCUGUCGGUUCCCGCGACACCAACAAUCAGACGACAUCGUGCGAUAACGGCUGCAUGCUCUCUUGUCGCUCACCCAAUGUAUUCCAGACACAGGAGUGCCGACUUUUGAACCAAAAUUAUCUUGACGGUACUCCUUGCGAGAGUGGCGGAACAUGCCGCAAUGGCGUGUGCCGGGAUGCAUCCUUUACCAACGACGUUUUGGCUUGGUUCCAGAGACACAAGAAUAUUUUAAUUCCCGUAGGAGCUUCGGUGGGUGGUCUUCUCGUCCUAGCAAUCCUGUGGUGCUGUAUAUCGUCAGCAUGCAAGAAGCGGAGGCACAAGAAGAACGCCUCCAAACUACCUCCCACGCCUCCUCCUAUGAAUACAUGGAACAGCUACGGCGGGGCCUGGAAUGCCUCCAACAUCGCGCCAGUGCCCCCACCACAGCGGCAGCAACAGCAGUCGCCGCCGAGCCAGAGCUCGAACAACAUGCCCCCCUAUCCGGGUGAGGUACAUACCGGCCAUCAAGGCCAAGGAUACGCUGACAGUUCGUACUCGGGCCAACAGCCAUACCCCGGCCAGUGGCAUCCGCAGAGGAGUCGGACGAUGAGCAUGAGAUAUGCGUAG